UUCACAGGCAGAGAGUAGAAAUCUGGGAACACUGAAUUUGCCACUUCCCUCAAGGGUCUUCCCCCCCUCCCCAUCCAAAAGGAUUUGGGGCUUUUCUCGGGCAAAGUGAGAGCUACCAUGGCUGAAGGACAGACAGACCUGGAAACCAGAAUCAUCCAGGAUAUACACAGUAAAGAGAUUGAUUUGGUGAACCGGGACCCGAAGCAUAUUAACGAAGAUGUGGUCAAGGUGGAUUUUGAAGAUGUGAUCGCUGAGCCUGAGGGCACCUACAGUUUUGACGGCGUCUGGAAGGUCAGCUACACUACCUUCACAGUCAGCAAGUAUUGGUGCUAUCGCCUGAUCUCCACCCUGCUGGGCGUCCCACUGGCCCUCCUCUGGGGCUUCAUCUUUGCCUGCAUCUCCUUCUGCCACAUCUGGGCCGUGGUACCCUGCAUCAAGAGCUGCCUGAUUGAGAUGCAGUGCAUCAGCCGCAUCUAUUCCCUCUGUGUCCACACCUUCUGCCAUCCCGUGUUUGCUGCCCUUGGCCAAGUCUUCAGCAGCAUCAAAGUGGCCUUGAGAAAGGAGGCCUAGAUAAGGUUGGGGAGGAGGGGAAAGGCAAAACCAGUGAGUCUGGGGUGGGAGGGAGGGAAGAGGGGACAGAAUGCCACAACUUGUUCCACAAUAACACUCCAUGGGGAUUUCUACGUAUUUUGUUUUUUAGAGACUUGUUGUUCUUUCUGAGACAAGAAUGUGCAAAGAAAGGGGAAAUGACAUAAUGACAUUUGAGCACACUGGUCCUCAUUCUGUCCCUGUCCCUUACCGUGGGAUCCUACAACUGGGAUGAUGGCCAUUUGCUCAGAGGGCAGCUACUGUAUGAGUCUUGGCACUCAUUUGUACUGUAAUCUUAAGUCUUCACUGUAAUGGCAUGAAACCAGCCUCUUCCCACCUGGGAUCAUUGUUUCCUGAAACCCCAGGAACCCCUAUAUUUUAGUGACAACAUGCAAUCACUAUUGGCAGAUUG